AUGCGAAUUGAAAUGAUCGAAGGCCUCUCGGAUGAGGGAUCUCUGUCAGAGAACAUGGAUACGGAGAGCUACGGAGUUGAAGCAGAGCUCACAAGCCUCUCCUGGCUACAAUCUCUUGAUAUCACUAGUGCCUCAAAUUUACCAACUCCACCUUGCUCGCCUUCGCCACCUCCGGUUACUCAGCAUGCACCAAAAAAAAUGUCACCACUGCUUAAAGCUGAGCUAGAUCUUGUUGAAAAUGCUGAAAAAUACCGAUUGGACUCGGAUGCAAAACCUCCGUUUUCAUAUGCAACCCUAAUCUGCCUCGCUAUGCGUGCUAACAACAACAAACUAACUUUGUCAAGCAUUUAUAGAUGGAUUCGGGAAAACUUCAUGUAUUAUAAACAUGCCGAUCCCGCAUGGCAGAAUUCUAUCCGUCACAAUCUAUCGCUAAACAAAUGCUUUGUGAAGUUACCUCGAUCAAAAGAUGAGCCUGGCAAAGGAGGUUUCUGGAAGUUAGAUUUGGAGCGAUUAGAAGAAGGAAGGCGUUCGCGAAGGCGUGCGUCGUCUCGUCGAAGUAGCACAAAAAUGCCUGCUCCAAAUCAAAGCUUGACACCUGCUCUGUACGAAACACCACCGAGUAGCGUCUCUCCACCGAUUCCUGACAGUUUACCAGAAGUUCCUGAAUCCACUCAGGUAAGUUUAAGUGAAGAUGAUCUCACAGGUCUACUGAUCGCAACUGUAGGUUGGGACGAGAAUCAGCUAGAUCUUCUUGAUUCUCUUUUGGAUUCGUUGUAAGGUAAUAAUCGGUUUUGCACUAAUCCGUGUAACGAGGUGAUACGAGAUGUGAGCCUACACUAGCCAAGUCUACGUGUUACAAGAGUACUUGUGUAGUAUUCAGACAACCUUUUUAAGAUUUCUUCAUAGGCCUGGGAUAAAAAAAAAAAAAGAAACGCGUGUAGAAAAGCCAACGAAUCGCGAUUGAGACAAAUGAGAAAAGUUUGUUAUUUUACAAUACUGGCUGCAGUGUAAUUAAGUUUAAAGUAAAAAAAAAAGCUGUCAGAUGAUAAAUUAGAUAUGCUCAAAAUGUAGGAAAAUGAUAUUUAAUGUUAUGUCUACUGGCAAAUAUUUUGUCGAUUGAAAUCGCAAUAUCUAGAGCUGUUGUGAAAAUUAUUUGGCAAUAAUGACACGAGUGGCUUGCUAAGCAAGGACCUCUAAGGUAUAAAAAAAACAAAAGCAAUUUACAAGUUGAAAAAGCAAUUAAAUAUUAUUCUAUGUACUUACGGUCUUUACUGUAGCAUAAUCUAGUUAUAUUCAUACACAAGUUGUAGCAUAGAAAAGUGAUACCUUUGCGGAUGAAAUCUGUUAUUUACUACUCAGCGUUGUAGAACCCUUGUUGUGGAAAUUGUGAAAAAAUGUGGAAAAAUUCCUUUGCUUAUGAAUUGAGGCUCUUGAUCGUUGAGUCCAUUGAAAAAUUAACAUCGGGAAUCUGUAGCAAAGAAUGAAAUAAAACAAGGGUUAUCAUGUGUCACGUCAAGCAUGCUCAAAUAAAAAUUAUUCGAAAGAGUAUAAAUUUAAUAAAACAAAACAAAAAAGUUGUCUGAAUAUUCAGAAAUGGAUCGGCCCCCGGUUGAAAAUAUUUUCAAAACAAAUUUGAAUAGAGUUGGAUGUUGAAAAUGUGCGCCUAGCUCACAUUCAAGUAUUAUUAGAUGAUAUGUUUUUAAUAAUAGCCAGUGUAAUAAUCUUGCAAAUGGUCGCAACGAAACAAAAUAAAAACCAUUUCAUAUAAAGUGAGUAUCAAAUUGAAAAAAUGAUAUAUUUGAAAUAUUGACAAACUAGAUGAAAAUUGAAACUUUAUUAUAUACCUAUACUUAUAUCUGCUCAAUGAUCAUUUUCAACAUCCAAAUUAAUAUUGUAGAUAAGAAUAUAUAUAAUGAAUUUUAUGUUUUAUUUAUAAAUGUAUAAUAUAUUCAUGAAGCGAUAACAUCGGUGUGAUAUUAUUUGAAUUGGUGUGUGUUUUUGCGCUCUAGUUCACGCCUUUAAGAAUCCGUCCAGUUGUAUGAAUACGAUUUAAGUAUAGUAUAAUGAGAUAAUACGAUUAUUAAAUAUACCAUUAAUUUACAUUAAAUAUCUAAGUAACAUACAUCGCUAACUAUAUCUCUGUAAUAUGAAGUGUGCCAUUAAUGCCUUGAAACAAGUAACAAAAUCAUACAAUUGAAUAGUGGCCUUAAACCAUUGCAAUAAAUUGUAUUAUUGCAGAUUCUAGUGUUUAAUUUUGUUUGACUCGAAUCAUUUUCCUGUUAGAAGGAACCUAUUAAUGCAUUUCAGUGUAUAAAACCAAAGUCUAAAGCAGGGCAGUGGCCCUCCGAAAGUUCGUUUUUGUAAUAAAUCUCAAUAUUGUAAGUUCCAUUACCCAAGCUUAUGGAAAUCAACAUUGAAAAGUUGUUUAUUAUGUGAUUAAGUUUUGUAGUUCAAAUAUAAGAUAGUCAGUUUGUUGUCUAUCAUACAUGCUUAGGUUGUGAUUUUAAUGCAAAGGAUUGUUUCAUAUGUAUACUUUUAUGAGAAUAAUUUAUCCAUACUCUAUUUACAAAAAGUUAAUUACUGUCAAAAAUAUUUCAAGUCAAUCCGAUAUGACACGAGAUAAAUACAAUUCUUCAUCAGUUAAUACUAUAGCAACAAUUGUGUCAGAGACAAAUGAUUUUUAUUUCAUCAUACUAUAGAUGAGAUGUUUGUAUUAAAUAAUGUAAUCAGUAACAGUAUAGAGUGUAAAUUAUGUUGUAUUUCAUUAUGAAAGUGCUCAAUGCAGUAUGUUAAUAAUUUCCAUUUGUAUCAGAAUAAUAUAUAAAAUGUAGAAGUGAA